AUCAAGACUAUAGUCUCUCAGUUGUGAGCGAUUCUUCCAUUCACUCAAACUCAAGCCAUGAAGAUCUUUAUUUUGCUGAGCCUUUCUGUCACUCUCACUUUGGUGAGUUUUCAAAAGUUGAAACAUUUCAUUUCGACGGGUUUAAUAGUCUAUCCUUCCUCUUCAGUAGAAUGAAGAGAACUAUUAAUUCAUAUUUCCAACCAAAUCACGCGUUUUGCGAACUUUAUUUGGAGAGCCAAUUAAGAUGCAUUUGUUUCUUUCAGGGAUGUUCAAAUCUUCCUGAACUUGCAGCUUGCAACAGAGAGGUGAGCCGAAAUUUUAUCUUUCAGGGCGUUGAUUGAUAUUUAUGGUAAUGAUACUGAUAGUAACUUCGUAUGACUGCGAAAAUUUUAAUUGAGUUAUCAAAAGUGUUCGGGAGUCCUUGCUUCUGUUUAAAGUUUGCUCGGUGAUUAGUCCAGAAAACUCCCGUUUCAGUCUUAAGAACUGAAUUAGACUCAAAGCUUAAAAGUGAUGCGAUGGGGCUCUUCCUUUCAAAUUUUCGUGAAGCAGGGCCCGUCCCACCGCCACCUAAGCUUCUGCCUCAAGGUUGAUACAGUAUUUUUGUCCAAGAGGCUGUUAGUGCGGGCGUGUCUGUUCAUAUCGCAUUAGUUACACUCACGUCACGUGAUUCUUCUACCAGGAGGGAGACUGCAGCUGUCAAACCGGCUUGUCCUGUGUUCUGACCAAAAAGUUGAUCUACCAAGGACAAAUGACAGACGUCAAACAGUGCAUGCCAGAGGGGAUGGAGAUUGAAGUGGAAACAGUCGAUCUUGACGAGGAAGGUGCCGUUGCUCCCAUGAAGAAGAAACGCUUUUUGUUUAAUGGACUCCUUAAGGUAGGACGGAUUGGAUUGAAUUAACUAUAUUAAAUAUAGAGUCAUACUUCGCAAUUGAGUCUUUUCCUCUUAAGAUUGUAAAACGGCUUUAAAAAAAAACUAGGGAAGGCCAGGAAUUACACUGAACGAGCGUUAAGCACGUGAAAAACACAUGAAAAUCACACGGAAAGCACGUACAAAGCACGUGUACGAGUCGCAAGUAGUUAUAGUUUCAGUUGUGUCUAAUUGCUCUAUAAGAUUAAGGAAUGUUAAAUCCGUUAAAUUCACUUAAUGAUAAAGAUAUAGUUCGUUCUUGUCUUAAACUUCGAGUUCAAUGAAUGUUACUAUUGUUUUGUAAAAACAGAGAUGCACAACUCAAACUGACUGCGGAGAAGACCAGUGUUGUUUGUUCAACAAAAGGUGCGCUCCAAAACUUCGGAAGUACUUCACAUGUUAUUUAACGGUUAGUAUAAAAAUGAUGGUUGGCAUUAUUUCGUAUAGACCAAGCAUAGUAUGAGCAAAAACAUGGGUGAUAUGAGUUACAAUCUCGUUAAGACUAUUUUUAUCUUUGUUAUUAUUUUCAGAGUCCGUCUUUAUCAUGAUUUUUUAUGUAAAUAAUUUAUAAAUAAUAACAUGAUUUCGAAUGCAAUUUGGUGUAAAGAAGCACUUAUAAAUUGUUCAAAGAUUACUCAUUCCACUAGCCUCACAGGUUCGUGCAAUUUUAUUGUCUUUGAAAAACCUUUGCUCGUGCUUAUUAACACCAAAUUGCACUCGAAAUCGUUUUAUUACCAAUACUAAUCAUUUUAUCAUUUUCAUUAUCGUUUUUAUUACCAUUUUUUAUCAUAAUAAUCAUAACUAUUAUCUUUAUCUUAUUUAUUUUUCCAGCACCUUCACAAGUGCGGUUGCCUUGAUGGCCUGGUUUGUACCGAAACAGCCUCCUUCACCAUUCCUCUGACUGGGAUCAGGGUUGCCCUGAGGCAGUGCAUGUAACUCGUACCAGCCUCUUGAUCCAGACAAAGUAAUCAUCAGAUGGGAAGACAAAACUAAACAUGUAACGCUUAGAAGCAUUUAACUGAAUGAAAUAAAGAAAGUCUUCAAAAUGACUUGGAAAACUAUUUGCUGAAGUCCGAUUAACAAAGACUCUUUUACUUAGAACACUUUAUUGACCUGCAGCCUAAGAUCAGAACUCGAUCGAUCUUUUUUUUCGUUUAGCAAACUAAAGGCGAAAAUAGUAAAUUUGUAUAGGCUACCAGUCAUAUAGUUCUGCGAACUUUUUAACUAAUUCUCUCCAAAAACAAUUAAAGCCAAAAUCGUAUAUUUUAGAAUGCAACUUAUGACAUCAUAGCUCGUUACCAUGACAGCAUAUUCGAACCAAACUCGGGCAGGAAAAUGAGGAACAGGUGUUGAUAUCAAAGCAAACUGGGAAGUAAAGUUUGCUGCAUAAACGAAAGAAAUAGAGGAGCAGAUGUGUAACAGAAAAGCACACUCACUAGAUAUUUUGAUUUUUAAUCAGGCAGGGGUUCCAACUAGGAUUAAAAAAAACACGAGAAAGCUUUUCAUGGAAAAUUACAUCUCAAAUAAUGUACAUGAAAAAAUUACUCGAUACGAACCAUAGCACCCACCAUAUUUCAACCAUUUCUUAUCGCUUAAAAGGUAAACUUUGAUUGAUGAAAUAACACACACUGUUAACUUUUUCACACCCAUGAGUAACUAAGACAGAGUUUCUCCUCGCAAUAUUGAUAUAAUAUCAAGGAACAAGUGAUGAAAAGAAAGAAAAAUAUCAAUUAUGGGAUUAUUAGUUGAUCCAAUACCAAAUUCUCAAAAGCUUGCAUCAUAAGAAUGGUAUGACAGACAGUAAGGAGAAUUACUUAGAAGAUAUUGGGAAUAAUAGAGUUAAAAUUCACGGUCUCGUCCAGCAAAUUGGCUUUCCAUUUUAUGUCAAGCAGCUGAAAAAGUCGUAGAUACAUUAAUUCAAAAGACCAAACGUCUCAUAAAAUCUUCAAGAUUUAUAUCAUUCAAUGGUUAUGAAAUGUUCGCCGUGUAAAAGGCCAUAAUUUGCCUGUGUGUAAACAAUAGACUUUCCUCGUAUUAUUCCAUUCGUCGAAGAUUUGUCCAAGGACUUUUUCAGCAUCCUGUAAUAGACACUUAAGCAUAUUAUUUACACUAGCACUAACAACUUAAUGCAAUAAUGUUGGUUGAGCUGUGUUUGUAGACAUACACUGUGAACACACCCAUAAGUCGUACUGAAGUAUUUACAAAUCGUAGAGCAACCAAUUUGAGAAGUUUGGACCAGAAAAAAAGAUUAAAGAAAAUUUCCCCAUGCACAUAAACAACUGUUUAGUGAAGCGCGCUCUGUAAAACAUUCAAAAUGCUCUCUAUAACAAAUGGUUUCUUUUGUGUCAUUUCUCUAAUUCACCAUGAAAAUUUAAGGCAGGAAUGUUACUGAAUUGUAAUUGUAUUUGAUAUAUUUGCCGUAGCUUUCAACAUUCAGGGCAGAAAAUGUUUAUUCUGCUGAAAAGAACAUAUUGCAAAUAUUUCAGAAUGGGCUCUGUAUGUUUUCUCUAAUCCUUUCAACAAACAGCUAAGCUAAUUCUUAUUUCACAUGGGCAGUUUUUGUUUGAACGUGUUGUUUAAAGACACUCACAUUAUUAGUAAUGUUGUAAAACCUACUACUUACUCAAUGUGCCUCAAAGCUAUAAAAGAGACAAGACAGCAGAUCACGGCACUCAACUUUACCAGAAGUUUACUUGGAUCUGAGAAUUUCUAUAAAUUGUUUCACUGAAGUCAUGAAGAUUCUCAUCAUUUUGAGUUUUUGCGCUACAGCUGCUUUGGUAAGCUCACAGCAACUUGCAAAAAUAAUUAGGUUAAUUUCCUUAACCCGUUACCUCUCAAGAUCCGUUGUCAAUUUUCCUCUCUAGCUGCUCUACAUUUCCUUGAAAAUUAUUAACGAGAAUUUGGUGCUACAUGUAGACCAAGAUAACAACUUCUGCCUGAUAAGUUUGAGAAUUCUCAUUACCUGUUUGCGGGAUAAUGUAAAGAUAUUAUAGGGAGAAGUUACAUGUUAAUCACCUCUGGGAUUUUCAAUACAUAUUUCCAGUAAGGGGAAUGUACUCUCUCUCCUAAAGCGGGAGAGGUUUUGAAACAAUUCUGUUGGAGGCGUCACAGCAGUUACUUUUUUUGUGUUAUUAGAAGUAAAUGUUUUAUUUCUUUUUUCUGAUGUGUCCAAAAUUUCGAUUUCCUCCCCUUGGAUACAUGCCAUGUAUGCGCGAGAAAUGAGAAAGAGAGAUUUCUGUGAUAACAUAGCCCUAGAAGUUGGUACGUACAAGGCAGUCUUUCAUGAAAUCAUGUUUAACUGAAUGGUUUGCUUUUGUUCUUUACCUCUAGGGAUGCGGUAAUCUUCCCAAAUUGGCGGCUUGCAACAUUGCAGCGGUAGGUGACUGAAUGGUACUACAGGCUUUUCAGAUUGUUUGGGUGGUUGAAAGUAUCAGAGAAGAAUAAAAAUUUGUACUAUAAUGAAAAAAAGACAGUCUUGGCAUGAAGAGGAUGUCACGAGAAGGCGUGGAGGAAAAAACGCUUCAAAGGACUAACAGAUUACACAAAAUAACAAACACAAAAUUUAUGUGUAUACAUGAGAAAGCAUGGACUGGAUAUGAUAAGCUGAAUUAUACACACGUUUUGAUUGGUUUUUGCCCACAGAUGUAUAGCAUUUUGCUUUUUUAUCUUAUAAAACAAAUUCAUUCCAUGUUGCCAUGGGUCUGUUCAGUAAUAGAUCACAGUUGACGUUAAAAUGUGUUUUUUUGUUAUUUCAGGGCGGAGGAGACUGUAGCUGCCAAGCCGGUUUGUCCUGUAUGUUAACUAAGAACAUGAUCUACAAUGGACAGGUUAUUCCUGUGAAACAGUGCAUGCCAGAAGGAAUGGACAUUGAGGUGGAAGAGGUUGAUCUGGAUAAUCAGUCUGCAGACGAACCCAUGAGGACAAAACGAUUUCUAUUCAACGUAAGAAUUUUUAAUCAACCCUUUCUUUUUGCACCAAGGGACCGAAAUUCUAGGAAGCGGGAGGGGGGGGGGAGGAAGAGAAGCUUGAGGGGGGGGGGGUGAGAUGUCUCCCAAAUUUACAUAAAAAUGAGAUGCAAUUUCUACAAAAAUGCCCCGCGUCUGCAUAAAAGCCUGAACCACCAGCAUCGUUUAAGCACCCAUCCCUUCCUUGGUCACGAUACCGCUGUCCCUAAAAUACUUCAAAUUAGUUUAAGAGACUUGAAAAUUCUUUAUAAGAAUGGGCCCUACUCCAAAGGUUAUUUUCCACUCACGUAUUCUUCUUUCCCACAAUUUGACACACGAAAUUUUAUCUUCUUUCCAACAAGUAUCUCUCGUUUUCCUUUGAUGUUUCUAUGGAGAUCGAAUUGGGACUGCGAAGGUUGUCCGCGCGAGGCCAAAUUUCUCAGACCGAAACAAAUUUUUAUUCACGCCAUGUUGCUUUUUUAUAGCGUUGCAGCUCCGAGGCUGAAUGUCAGGAUAACUACUGCUGUGCCUUUGGCAAACGUUGUGCUCCGAAACUUGGGGAGUUCUUCACUUGCUAUCUUGUGGUUAGUAACAAUAUUUUCUAUAUAAAUAAGUCUGUGAUUUUCGUGGGGGUGAGUGGUUGGAAAGAUAAGUAUUUUCGUUUGCCUCACGAUAUAGAAUCUUCUUUGUUUGGUUUUAGUGACAGGGUUAAUGUAUUGUUAAUAAAAACCAGUGUUAUAAUAACGUAAGUCACAAUAGUUUUACCAUGUUAGUGAUUGUGUUGUGAAGAUGUUGGUCACAGUAUUGGCACAGUAUAUUGAGGGUAUCAAUGGGAUGAUGGCUACUACAUUUAACGGUUAAAAUUUUGGCUGUUGUACGGCUAACGGUUAACUUCCUUCGUUUUUGAUUAAAAGAUAAAUUUUUCCGGUUAACUUUUUUUACGGCUAACGGUUAAAAUUUGUCAAAGUUGGUGCCUAACGGCUAAAUAUUUAGGCCAUUUUAAGGCUAACGAUAACCCCAUGGAGACCUUCUAUAUUGACGAAAGUAGUUCACAAGCAAGCCUGAAGUACAACUUAGCUUAAUAUGGCGUUUUCUGUAGCUCAAUAGGUAGACCAAAUUGGCUCAAUUUACCGAGGGGAACCUCAACAAUUUUUUUUUGUCUUGUGACGAAACAAAUAACAUCUAGUCUUUGGAUCUUUCUUUAUAAUUUCACUAUCUGUAUGUGCUUCUCAUUUUCAUUGUUUGUCUUUUUCUUUUUUAACCUUAGCAAAAGCACAAUUGCGGAUGCGGUAACGGGAUGACCUGCAAAGUAACAACCACGAUCCGAUUACCUUUCGGGAUCAAGAUCCCUAUCAAACAGUGCGUGAAGCCCGAGUAAGCCUUUGAGCAAAAGUGUUACAUCAAAGUUACAGAAAAAGUAGUUUUUAUUUAGUAUGUUAAAUUCUGUAACAUCAAACGAAGGAAUAAAAGUUCAUUGAAAACCUC